AUGCUUCUUCUCGUUCCCCUCCCUCCCGUCGUUCCCUUUCCUCACUUCCCAGCCCUGAGACAGCCUGGAGAUGGGUUGGAUGGAGGUGGGUUCGUCUUGAACGGGGCAGCGUGGGGGCAGACAGCGCUGGAGUUGGCAGACGCGGUGCCUGGAGACGGGCUGGAUGGCGGAGGGUUUGUCUUGAACGGGGCAGCGUGGGGGCAGACAGCGCUGGAGUUGGCACAGGCGGUGCUGGCAGGGAGCAAGUACGGUGGGGAGUUUGAGCUCUACGGCUCCCCCAGGGUGGAGGACAUAGACUCGUUCCUCCUUGACUUCAACGCUCUGGUCAUUGCUGCGGGGGAGAGAGGGGAGCUGCCCAAGUGUACGCCAGCUUCAACCAUCUCGAAUGCUCGUCGCAUGUGCUUUUCCCCUGCCUCCCUCUUGUGCAGCUACGGCUCCCCCAUGGUGGAGGACAUAGACUCGUUCCUCCUUGAUUCAACGGUGUUCAUUGCUGCAGGUGGAAAGAAGGAGGUCCUCUACGGAUCCCCCAGGGUGGAGGACAUAGACUCGUUCCUCCUUGAUUUCAACGCUCUGGUCAUCACAGCUGGGGAGAGGGGCGAGCUGCCCUGUUGUCCCUACGGCUCCCCAAUGGUGGAGGACAUAGACUCGUUCCUCCUUGACUUCAACGCUCUGGUCAUUGCUGCAGGGGAGAGGGGCGAGCUGCCCCAGGACAUUCAGAUUGAGAUCGAGGUGAGGCGGAAGGUGGGGGUGAUGGGGGAGGGAGGGGGUUUUGCUCUUGACGUUCUGGUCGCAGUAGGGGAGCGGGCCGAGCUGCCUCAGGACAUUCAGAUCGAGAUGAGGCGGAAGGUGGGAUUCAGCGCUCUGGUCGUUGCUACUGGGGAGAGGGGCGAGCUGGCUGAGGAUAUUCAGAUCGAGGUCUCUUCUCCUGGUGCCGAGCGUGUGGUCAAGGUUCCAGACGAUUUAAUCCGGUUCAAGGAGCUUCCAAUGUAUGUACACUACCGGCUGCCUAGCGAAGCAGACAAUACAGGGGACAAGAGCACUACUGCUAGUGGAGGGAAAAUGUCUGAGGAGAUUCUUUCGUUAGUGGAGGUGGACGAGGAGGAGCGUGUGACAAUAUGGAGGGUUGCUGAUUUUCAUCCCACCCUAAUUUUCACUCAAGAAGGAUCCAAGGAGCAGCUCGAGUAUCUUCAGAAUGAGCUGAAAGAACAAGGGAUCUGCUCCUGCAAGGUUCUUUCUUGGAAGCUGGAAGCUGAAUGGCAUUGA